GAGGAGCGGUGUUGUACGGCCAGUCGGUCACUCUAUAAAUGCCUGGAGUUGUACUUAAGAAUCCAUCUCAUCACACAAGUAUCGAUCAAUACCCAAUACCAACGUUCGUAUCUAUAUUUUAGAUCGAUCCGCCCAGCCCUAAUUCAAACUAUAGGACAAGGAAGUAGCUACUGUUUGGACUUGUGUACUCACGUACAUGGCGAGAAUGUACGUCAGUGAUACUUCCCAAGUACGCACUUCUUGGAUCGAGAAACGAAUCAUUGCAGGAAGUCGAAGUUUCGUAUAUGGAGAGAUAUGGGCGUGAUUUGUAGCUGGAUCGUUGUUGCUUCCUGACCUGCUGUAAGUGUCCGUUAUCAGGGGUUAGUGUUUCAUUAUCCAUCAGUAACUCAGCAACAGAUGCGAGCGUCUAAGAGAAAUCUAGAUAGACUGGACACUUAUAGUUCAUCUAAGUAGGUGAGAUGUCAGACUUCUGUGGUCUGCUGACUUCCCAGAGAGAAGCAGUUCCUCUGAAGAGCAUCGAGGUGGAGGUGGAGGUGAGGGACCAUGUGGCUACAGUGGUCUCCACUCUACACUACGAGAACAAGGAGGACAAACCAAUCGAGGCUGUUUUUGUCUUUCCUCUGCCUGGAGAUGCUGCUGUCUGUCAUUUCAGUGCCAAGAUUGGACAGACACAGAUUGUAGCUGAAGUGAAGGAGAAACAGCAGGCUUGUGAGGAGUAUGAUGAUGCUCUGAGCUCUGGUCAGCAAGCCUUUUUAUUGGAGGAGAGUGAGCAGAGUCCAGAUAUAUUCACUCUGAGUGUGGGCAGUCUGCCUCCAGGAGAGAGCGCCUCCAUCAGGCUGGAGUAUGUCACUGAGCUGGCUGUGCAGGCCGAUGAUGGGCUGAGGUUUUGUUUGCCUGCUGUGCUCAACCCUCGCUAUCAGCCUCAAGGCAGUGACGGUGCCAGUGUCCAGGUGACCUCUGUUCCAGCCUCUCUGGUGCCCUACAGUCUGUCUUUCUCUGCCCGAGUGUCCUCUCCUCGUCCAGUCUGUAAAAUAGAGUCCAGCUGUUCCCUGGACCCUCUGCAGUACCUGAACACAGAGCAGACCCAGGCCACUGUCAAGUUGGCUGAAGGACACAAGUUUAACAGAGAUGUUGAGCUGCUGAUUUAUUACAAAGAUGCUCACCAGCCCACUGCUGUGGUGGAGGCAGGACAAGCGUCUGCAGAACCUGGGACUCUGAUGGGCGAUCCAGUAGUGAUGCUGAGUCUGUACCCCGAGUUCCCCCAGUCUGUGACGUCUUCACUCGCCUCAUGUGGAGAGUUUGUGUUCUUAAUUGAUCGGUCUGGAAGUAUGGAUUGUUCCAUCAAUAACAUCAUGCAUCAAGAAACUCGAAUUGGCAGUGCAAGGGAUACUCUACUGCUCCUGUUGAAGAGCUUACCAAUGGGCUGUUACUUCAACAUCUACAGCUUUGGCUCCAACUAUGAACACAUCUUCCCUAACAGUGUGGAGUACAACCAGAAGACAAUGGCAAAGGCACUGAAGAAAGUUGAGGAGAUGGAUGCAGAUCUUGGAGGAACAGAAAUCCUGGAGCCCCUCAAACAUAUUUACAGUUGUCCCAUCAUUCCUAAUCAUCCUAGACAGCUCUUUGUCUUUACUGAUGGAGAGGUGUCCAAUACCAAAGAAGUGAUAGAUCUGGUGAAGCAGAAUUCAGGCUCCCACAGGUGUUUCUCUUUUGGGAUUGGAGAAGGAGCCAGCUCUGCUCUUAUCACUGGGAUGGCCAAGGAAGGAGGAGGUCACGCUCAGUUCAUCACAGGGACUGACAGGAUGCAACCUAAAGUGAUGCAGUCACUGCGAUAUUCUCUGCAGCCAUCAGUGAAGGACAUCUCAGUCACAUGGGAUCUGCCACAGGGAGUGUCUGUCACUGAUCUCUCUCCACCAAUUACAGCACUAUUCCAUGGUCAAAGGUCACUGAUUUAUGCCCAGCUCACUGGCGAGAGCUCAGAGGCAGCAGAGGGCAGUGUAACACUGAAGUACACUUUGGCAGGUCAUCCUUCUCAGAACCAGCUCCACUUUAGUCUCAAACCUACAGAGGACACGGGAUUAACCCUGCACAGGUUGGGUGCUCGGAGUCUGAUUCGCUCCCUGGAGAUUAAUUUCGAGGGGCAGCAAAAUGAGGGAGUGGAGAGGAAGGUGGUGGAGCUCAGUGUCCAGUCAGGAGUCAGCAGCUCCCUCACUGCUUUUAUUGUGGUCAACAAAGACAGUAGUGAGCCGAUUAAAGGACCUCUGCUGUAUAUAGUAGAUAAUCCAGCAAGCUGUAUCAAUGCCAAUUGUGGCUUAUUUGAUAUCUCUGAUGAUUAUUCACGCAGCAGCAAAAUAGGAAGGACCGUGAACAAGAAAGUAAAAUCAGUUUUUAGCAGAAUUGGCAGCUACUUAAAGCUCAGUCGGAGGGCCUCGUCUGAAAGAAAAGAAAUGUCUCAGUGUAGUGCUGCUAGCAUCAAACCUGAGGAGACACUCAAAGACCCUUUGCUGCAGUUGGUUUCCCUGCAGGAGGCGCAUGGCUGCUGGCUGCUUGAUCCAAUGUUGGCAGCUGCUCUGGGAAAGACCAGCAAGGAGCUGGAAAACAGAAAGCCCUCCACGGUAAACCAGGAAGUGUGGGCCACCAUUUUGGCUCUGAUCUGGCUUCAUGGUUUCAAGAUGGAUAUGAAAGAAGAGUGGGAACUUCUGGCUCUUAAGGCUGUGUCAUGGCUCCGUGCUCAGAAUGCACCAUGUGUGGCAGAGUGUGUGGAAGCUGGAAAUGCGCUGUUGGGUUGUGAGGUGCAGAAAGAUCUAGUUGGGCUCUGAGGGUUUUCAUUAAACUGGUUUCUCUGUAGGACUGGUACAUAGAGGUGGACUAUUUUACCCAGGCUUGGUUCUAGAGUGAGACUGGGAGACUAGGACUAUUAUGUUCUAUUAAGGACAAGCUGAAAUUAGUGAUUGAGAACAUUAACUCCUCUUGAAAAUGUGUACUGAUUUCAUAUAUUAUAAGUGAUAAUCAGGCUCAUUUAUUACGAUAUAUUAUUACUUCCUGGUUGUCCUCAAUGAACAUACCACAAGACUAUCUCUUUUUAAUGUUUUUAUAUACAGUCUGUGUCGUAAUCGUGGAAUAGCUUAAGUCUAAAUUGCAGAAUAUGACUACUUUUUAAGGUUAAAUAGAUACUUCAUGAAAACUCAUGAAAGUGUGUAGUAGCACUAGCGAAGUAAGAGUGUCAACCAGAGGCGGUGCCAGGAUUGAGAUCGUGGAUGGGCCUUGAGAUCACUGUCUGGGCACCAUGCGCAUGAAAUACAGUAUCUGCCUGCAGUGCUGACAGAGAUAAUGCAUCUUUGUGGCUUGUGUCACUCGCUGUCCAUGGUGCUGAAGUGGACAGAGCCCUUGACCUUAGCCUAACUAGUUUUUUCUCUGUAACUUGUUUUUCUUGUUUUUCACUGCACAAAAGCAAAGUCCAAAACCAGAAAAUAAGAGCAGCAAAACAAUUGGACAAAGCUGCUGAAACGGCACCGAAAAUACUGCCACAUAUAACACAAAACUAUAAUAAAUACACAACCUCUGCUGCUAUGGGCUUUUAUUUUUCUACCUACUUAACCUAUUUGCCUUUAUAUUGCUGCUGCUGUGAAUUAACUUGCCGGUACAACAGCAGUUACGGCAGUUUCCACCUACUUCUUCAUGCUGUGCUUUUUUAAAACUAAAAUUAAAUAAGCAGAUUUUGCUUACUUUGUUUUCAC